GUUUCUCAUUCUCUUUCCCUCCAACAAAAACAAACAACCCCUUAUACCAACUCUUAUCUACGUUUCUAUUUGUUUUGUUCCUUCUCAACUUUUCUUCCUGUCGUUUUUACAUUCCAUUCCAAAAAAGUUUCAUCUUAAAACAACAGAGGAAAGGUACCCUUAAACAACAUAGACCAAGAUGUUUUCUCUAAGCUUCAAACAUGUAUCUAUGUUGUUCUUUUUGUUCUUGGCUUUCAAUUGUUUCUCCAUGUUUGGAUCCAACGCUCAAUCAUUACCACAAGAUGAAGUGAAAUUGCUACAAACAAUAUCAGACAAGGUAAAUAACUUGAAUUGGAAGGUUACAAACCGUUCCUGCAACAGUGGUGAUAAAGGUUUUGGUAAUGAGAUUAUUGUAGAGGAUCAAAUUGUAAGAAAUGUCACAUGUGAUUGCUCUUUCAACUCUAGCACUGUUUGCCAUGUGACAAUGAUCUUUCUCAAGGGUCUCAACAUAUCUGGAAUUUUUCCAAGUGAAUUUGGAAAUCUCACUCACCUCAAAACACUUGAUCUCACUAGGAAUUAUAUAAAUGGCUCAAUUCCAAAGAGUCUUGGAGGGCUCUCAUCACUUGUGACACUGUCACUUUUGGGAAAUAGACUUAGUGGUCCAAUUCCCUCAGAAAUUGGUGAUAUUUCCACCUUACAAGAAAUGAAUGUAGAGGAUAAUCAACUUGAAGGGAAUCUUCCUCCAAACCUUGGAAAUUUGAAGAACUUGCAGAAAUUAAUGCUUUCUGCAAAUAAUUUUACAGGGACAAUACCAGAAGCAUUUGGCAAUCUAAAGAAUCUCACAAAUUUUAGGAUAGAUGGAAGCAGUUUAUCUGGGAAGAUCCCAAGUUUUAUUGGAAACUGGACCAAACUUGAAAGAUUGGAUUUGCAAGGCACAUCCUUGGAAGGUCCAAUUCCUCCUGCUGUAUCGGUCUUGAAAAAUUUGAAGGAAUUGAGGAUAUCUGACUUGAAGGGAAACACAACGAUGACAUUUCCCGAUUUGAAGGAUUUGAAACGCAUGCAAAGACUGGAAUUGAGAAAUUGCUUAAUCACUGGUCCUAUUCCAGACUACAUUGGUGAAUUGGAAAAUCUAAAAACUAUUGAUUUGAGCUCCAACAGAUUGACUGGUCCAAUUCCAGGUUCACUUGAGGACUUGGAAUCAAUCAAUUUCGUGUUUCUGACAAAUAACUCUCUGAAUGGAACAAUUCCCGGAUGGAUACUGAGCAACAAACAGAACUUUGACUUAUCUUUCAACAAUUUUACUGAAUCUUCUGCUCCUGAUUGCCAGAUCUUGGAUGUGAACUUAGCUUCCAGCGUCUCUCCUUCAGCAAACACUACAUUGUCCUGUUUGAAAAGGAACCUACCUUGUUCGGGAAAACCUCGGUAUCAUUCACUUUUCAUAAACUGUGGAGGACCUGCAACUGAGUUUGAUGACAAUGAAUAUGAAGCUGACGAUCAUCUACGUGGAAUUUCAAACUUUGUUCCAAGUGUUAGUGGAAAAUGGGCUUAUAGCAGUACAGGAGUAUUUCUAGGAAAUGAAAAAGCUGAUUAUGUGGCAAGAAAUGUGUUCUCUUUGAAUAUUAAUAAUGGCUCUGAAUACUACCAAACAGCCCGCAUUGCACCGAUAUCUCUUAAAUAUUUUGGAUUUUGUAUGCUGAAGGGAAAUUAUAAUGUGAAACUUCAUUUUGCUGAGAUAAUGUUUUCUGAUGACCAGAAAUUCAGCAGCCUUGGAAGGCGCAUAUUCGAUGUAUCAGUUCAAGGUCAUAAAUAUUUGAAAGAUUUUAACAUUAUGGAAGAAGCUGGUGGAGUUGGCAAGGGAAUCACUAGGGAUUUUAAUGUUGAUGUUAAUGAUAGCACUUUGGAAAUCCACUUAUCUUGGGCAGGGAAGGGAACUAAUGCCAUUCCUAUGAGAGGUGUAUAUGGACCUCUUAUAUCUGCUAUCACCGUGACACCAAACUUUAAAAUUCCUUCAAAUGGAUUGUCUGCUGGAGCAAUUGCUGGAAUUGUGAUUGGAUCAUUGGCAUUUGUCAUGCUGAUACUCUUUGUCCUUUGGAAGAUGGGUUACCUUUGUGGGAAAGAUCAGACAGACAAAGAGCUCCUAGAAUUAAAAACAGGCUAUUACAGUUUGAGGCAAAUUAAAGUUGCUACUAAUAACUUUGAUCCAAAAAAUAAGAUAGGUGAAGGAGGAUUUGGUCCAGUUUACAAGGGUGUACUAUCGGAUGGUGCCGUGAUUGCAGUUAAACAGCUCUCUUCCAAAUCAAAGCAAGGAAACCGCGAAUUCGUUAACGAAAUAGGCAUGAUAUCUGCUUUGCAGCAUCCAAAUCUUGUGAAGCUUUACGGAUGUUGCAUUGAAGGAAACCAAUUGCUACUUGUAUAUGAAUACAUGGAGAACAAUAGUCUUGCUCGCGCUCUUUUCGGUAAACCAGAACAACGGUUGAACUUGGACUGGCGUACGAGAAUGAAGAUCUGUGUCGGGAUAGCAAGGGGUUUAGCUUACCUUCAUGAGGAAUCAAGAUUGAAAAUAGUACAUAGAGAUAUUAAAGCAACCAACGUCUUACUCGAUAAGAAUCUAAAUGCAAAGAUCUCUGAUUUCGGUUUAGCGAAGCUUGAUGAAGAAGAAAAUACCCAUAUCAGCACACGAAUAGCUGGGACAAUAGGUUACAUGGCUCCUGAGUAUGCUAUGCGGGGUUACUUGACUGACAAAGCCGAUGUCUAUAGCUUCGGGGUUGUAGCUUUAGAGAUUGUUAGUGGAAUGAGCAACACAAAUUAUAGGCCAAAAGAGGAGUUUGUUUAUCUUCUGGAUUGGGCCUAUGUUCUCCAAGAACAAGGAAACCUUCUGGAAUUGGUGGACCCAACUCUUGGUUCAAAAUACUCCUCAGAAGAGGCCAUGAGAAUGCUGCAAUUGGCACUCCUUUGCACUAAUCCAUCUCCAACUCUUAGACCACCAAUGUCAUCUGUAGUAAGCAUGCUUGAAGGAAAUACUCCGAUUCAAGCGCCGAUAAUCAAACGCAGCGAUAGUACAGCUGGCGCAAGAUUUAAAGCCUUUGAGCUUCUAUCACAAGAUAGCCAAACUACUUCAACAUUCUUACAAGAUAGUAGAGAGCUAAGAGGCAAAUCAAUGGAUGGACCAUGGGUUGAUUCUUCCAUAUCUUAUCCAAGUAAAGAUGAGUAUUCUUCAACUGAUAAGCUUAUUUGAGGCUUGAUUGAUGUGUGGUUUGUAAGUUAGAGAGAGAUCAAUUCACAUUAAUACAAAUUCUUUUGUAAAGUAUAUAUGGACAACAACAAUAUUAUAGAGUGAAAGCAUACUUGCAAAAAUGUAGUGUUUGAAAUCAAGCAUGUGGUUUUGAAACGUGUGGAAGAUUUCCAUUGCUUUCUUCCUGUAUAUUUUAAGGAAUUUCAUGUGUUGAACAUAGUUAGUUAUUCACAAUUCCUACUAUGUGGAUUUCUUAGGAAUUGAAUGAUGUUAGUAUGUUAUGUUAUCCAUGCUGAUUUAACAAGGAAGGUUUAAUUAUUGGGAGA